CUGCGUCGGUCGGCAUCAGCUCCAUCGAUUUCUUGCCGCGCAAAAGGGAUUGGACAACGAGCUCAAAAUGUCCGAUACAACGACAAAGCAGGCCCCGGCCUCCUUCACCGGCACCAGCAAGGUCGUUCAGACCCAAUAUCCUCUCAUCGACAGCGACCCUCACUUUAAGCGUGUGGUUGGAUAUGCCAGAAAGGAGGACUACAUCUACGGUGCUGCGGCUGCUGCCGCCGCCCCUACCGCCAUGCUCGCCAUGGAGAAGUUUGCGCCGUCGCACGUCGGCCGUGGUGGUUUUGCCAAGGCCAUGCGCUUGACUGGUGCCAUUGGUUUGAUUGGUGGCUUCCUCUACUUCUACCAAAGAUCAGCCCUCCGAUUCUAUGGUGCCACCGAAAACGCCCGCGAAAUCGAGAUGGAUAUGCGCGAGAUGGUCGACAAGGUCAAGGCCGGCAAAUCUCUGUACGGCGAGAGCCAACUGAGCCCCUACCUCCAGGGCGUCGCUGCCCGCCAGAGCAGAUACUCUGCGCUCUUCAUCGGAACCAUCCCCUGGUUCAACUUUGUUAACCACAACCAACACGGCGUCGACACUGCCAAGUACUACCAGCAGGCCGAGCGCGAGCUGGAGGCGGAGAAGGCUGGCAAGGCCUAAAGGAGUUGAACGAAAAAAAGAAAGUGUUGACAAUUUUAUUUUUUUGCAAGCAGCGACGGAGUAGGAUGAGGAGUAGCACGGCAGCAAGUGCAAAGCUAUAGGAUGGAGGGGUUAAGUGUGUAUAUUACCCGGGACGCAUAGUCAUGCCAGACGACUGGCCGAUUUUUCUUACAAUAACUCAAAGCCCAUUUUUUUUUCUU